CUUGUUAUACUCACUGUGGAACCUGAGGGGUUAAUCCUCCGCAUUGUGUAAAAGGGCUGUUUGAUCAUGUCUUCUCUGAUCCGCCUCUUGUUGAAAUGUCCACCUGAUACAAACUGAAUCUGUAGUCACAUGCACAUGCCCAGUUUGGUGUGUAUUGCUAGAGGUUUUUUUUUAUCUUGGGAGGGUGCAUGUGAUCAGCACAGGGCCAAUCAGCACUGUCCAGACAGAGGGUCAGGGGUUCAGUAUCCUCCUAGAGCAGAAAGAAAACUCCUCCUACAAGCUUUAACCAGUGCUCUGCUGGACACUGAUAGAAGUCACAAGACUGCUCUAACUGCUGAUGAUAAAAGGUAUUUA